GGAGCUUGUAGAUGUGGUCCGUGUGCCAAAUCUGAGCUACCUCUCAGUCCAGCCUCGCAAGGCAGGAGCAAGUUGCGUAUCCAGAAUCCAGCUCCGUCUCUGCCCUCCCUCCUUCCAGUCAACCACCAUCCACGAAACCACAAAUACGACAAAUACGGAGAGAGAAUAACCUCUGCUAAUUAUUGAUUGGGAGAUUUUGUUCCGAUUCCCUCACUGCCAACGUCAACAUGGCCGAAGCAGCGUUUAAGCCUGAGAAGGACUACACUAAGGACGCUGACAAGCAGAUCCCAGAGGCCGAAGAGCUUGCGAAGUCUGAUAUUCAAGCCGCUAUUGAGAAGCUUUCUGGCCUCGAGAAACAGACGCGUCAGGCCUCAGAUCUCGCCUCCACGUCACGGAUAUUGAUCGCCAUCAUCACGAUUUGCAAGAAUGCCGGUAACUGGAGCUUGCUCAACGACCAAACCUUGGUGCUAUCCAAAAAACAUGGCCAGCUCAAGCAAGCUAUCACCCGGAUGGUACAGACUGUCAUGGGAUUCCUCGACGACACUCCCAACCUAGAGACUAAGCUGUCCAUCAUUGAAACCCUCCGAACUGUCACCGAGGGCAAGAUAUUCGUCGAAGUCGAACGUGCCCGCGUUACCAAGGUCCUCUCGGAUAUCAAGAAGCAGCAAGGCGACCUCAAGGCGGCUGCUGACAUCCUCUGCGAGCUACAAGUUGAGACCUUCGGGUCUAUGGAGCGACGAGAGAAGGUUGAGUUCAUUCUGGCCCAGGUGGCGCUCUGCAUUGAGAAUGGGGACUGGACACAAGCCGGCAUUUUAAGCCGGAAGAUAAGCACCAGAUACUUGUCGAGGAAACCCAAGAAGACCGCCGAACAGCUAGAGAAGGAACAAAAAGAACGCGAGAAGAAGAGGGAGAGAGGCGAGGAAGUGCAGGAAGAGAAGGAGGACGACGUUACCGACCUGAAGCUCCGGUAUUACGAGCAGCAAAUCAUCCUGGCGAAGCAUGAUGACAAAUACCUCGAUGUGUGCAAGCACUACAGACAGGUCUUGGACACUGAAGCCGUCGAGGAGGACCCGGAGAAGCUUCGAGCUGUUCUCCAGCGCGUCAUCUACUUUGUCAUCCUUGCACCCCACGACAACGAACAGCAUGACCUCCUCCACAGAAUCCAUCGCGACACCCGGAAUACCCAGAUCCCCUUGGACGCUGAGCUGCUCAAGCUCUUCACCGUCCAUGAGCUCAUGCGAUGGCCCGAGGUCUCCAAGAUGUUUGGCCCUCAUCUAUGCGGCACCGAGAUAUUCGACGCGGAUAAGGGCCAGUCAGGAGAUGAGAAGGCUUUCCAGCGCUGGCAAGACCUGCGCAAGCGGGUCAUUGAGCACAACGUGCGUGUCGUGGCCAAGUACUAUACUCGCAUCCAGAUGGGUCGCCUUACCCAGCUCCUCGAUCUUACCGAGGACGAGACCGAGAAGUACAUCAGCGACCUGGUGACUUCCAAGACGGUAUAUGCAAGGAUCGACCGGCCAGCGCGCAUGGUCAACUUUGCCAGGCCUAGAGAUGUGGAUGAUGUCCUGAAUGAAUGGAGCUCCAACAUGAAGAGCCUACUCGGCCUUCUUGAGAGGAUUGACCACCUCAUUACAAAGGAGGAGAUGAUGGCUCGGAUCCAGCCAGGCAAGUCGAAGAAGGGCAAGGAGGCCAAGGAGGUCAAGGCGCGUUAGAACGCCCAGGGCCUUAACUGGAGAUCGCCCGAAGGUGGGCUCGUUAACGGAUUGUAAUUGUAUGCGCUAGACAAUGCUCUCGGAAGAUGGAGCAGUGUAAAAUCGAUACAUCGCAUUGGUAUCUCAUCCACCCAUCGCUCUACCACUCUCCUGUCC